GACAGUACCUUCUUUGCUUGCCACAUCUCUUCUUCUUGUCGUCGCCUUGAUGGCGGCGGCCAUGGAGUGCCCUUGCUCGUGGCGGGAGGACAACCGGUCAUGGGACUGCGUGAAGGAGAACGUGAAUUCGGUGCCGACGGUGUGCUGGCCCCUUCACGCCAACGUCGACAAGAUCGUUUUCCAGAACCCGAUGCGCGAGGUCUACAGCGGCGACUUCGACCACGAGAACCUGCGCAACCUGACCAAACUUCAGAUGCAGAACGUCGACAAGAUCGCUGACGACGCCCUCCGCGGCCUCACGGCCCUCCGGUACCUCGACCUCAGUGGAGGGAAUCUGAAGCACCUGCCGGACCUCAGCACCCUGGCGGAAGUGGUGGCUCUGGAGGCCGGCGGGAACCUCCUGGUGGAAGCCCCGAGCCUCGCCCACAUGAAGAACCUCGACUUGGUUAGUCUCUUCAACAACAGGAUCCAGUUCGUCCCCGACGCUUUCCUGCCGGCGUCCCAGGUCCCCAUCGGCAUGACUAUGAUACGCAACAACUUCACGGACCUCAACGCGACCAGCAUCGUCAACGCCGGAGCCAAGAGCAGCUUUGUCUUCGACGACCUGCUGUAUUUAUGGGCGACCGUGGCAGAGCGGGACACCAUUCUCGAGAAGGAAUUCUAUUGUAACAUCGAUCUUGAGAGUAUCAUUAGGGUGACUGAUGACCCCACCAACCCCUAGAUAGGCCUACGAAAAUCCUUUUGGAGGCUGAGAGAUGAGAAAGAAACAGCCAACUCAUUUGUGCGAGUGUGGAAGUAUUGCAUCUCUCCUCAGUGUACGAAGUUGUUGAAAGAAUAAAGAUAA